GCCACUAUACUGCAGUCCCUUUCAUUGGUUACACUUGGCCAUUGUUAGGUGUUGUGUUUUAGAGCAUCAAGUUUUUGGCGCCGUUGCCGGGGACCCUCUAGGUUAUUGGGGAAACGUGAGAAUUUGUUACUCUAGAUUUUUAUUUACUGCAUUUUAUCUCUUCCACCUGUGUGCCUUCACGGGUUGCUUCCGCUGAUUGUGUGCAGGUAGUGCAUGACCCGUAGCCAGUCGGGAGAUCUACUACCAUUAGACCAGGAGCUUGAACGGACCUACAGGAACUUCAAGGGGCUCUAAAGGCGCGACUGUCUGCGGAGGAGGCGCUAGCACAUCUACAGAUCACUGAAGAAGAAGAGAUGGCUGAUCCACAGGACCAUGAUGUGGUCAAUCCUGGGGAGCAGACCAUGGGAUCCUACUGGACCGCAAGGGUUACAGACAUGAGGUCACCCAUUCAACACCCUCAUGUCCCAGCCAAUAAUUUUGAGGUGAGUACCUCAGUAAUCACCAUGAUGCGCGGUUCAGUGGUGUUCCGUGGCAAAGAGGGGGAGUGCCCUCGAUCACAUCUCAGGCGAUUCCAUGAGCUCAUUGAUGGAAUCAAGAUCAAUGGGGUCCCAGCAGAUGCCAUCCAGUUGAGGUACUUCCCGUUCACCCUGGAGGGGCAGGCCAAGGAGUGGCUAGACACUCGACCUCCGGGCUCCAUCACCACGUUCGCCAACCUGGCAGACAAGUUUCUUACCCGCUACCAUCCUCCGUCAAAGACAGCGGACUUGCAGAAGCAGAUCACCCACUUCACCCAGGAUGAAGAUGAGACCAUCCGGGAUGCUUGGGAGAGAUACAACAGUCUCUUCCUGAGGUGUCCCAAUCAUGGUUUCAACGAUGCUUUCAAGGUGGGAACCUUCUAUCACGCCCUUUUCCCAGAAGACAAGCAGUUGAUUGACUUAGUUUGUGGCGGGAACAUGCUGACCAAAACACCGCCACAGCUGAAUCAACUCUUUGAGGAGAUGGCAGAGAACGAGUAUGAUUGGGGCACUGCUAGGAGGUCGAGGAGAGCACCAAGCCGAGGUGUACAUUCGGUGGGAAACCAUUCCUCUGAUCUGGUGCAGGUGGUAUCGAAGCUGGUUUCAGCUAUCGAUUGUUCCGGGAUGAUUCCAGGGACCGGACAGCAGCAGGCUAUGCUCUGCCAUUGGUGCGAGAGCACCCAUCACAUGGUGGAAGACUGCCAGGCGAUGAAGGAAUCGACCACACCCCAGGAGCAGGUGAACUUCAUCAAUAAUGUCAGGCGCAACGACCCCUACAGCAACACUUACAACGAGGGGUGGCGCCAGCAUCCCAACUUUUCCUGGGGUGGGGCAAAUUCCAAACCACCAGUCCCCCAGGGACCACCGGGCUUCCAGAGGCCACCAUAUCAGCCCAGACAGGGGCAAUUCCAGCAGCAGCAAUCUCUCUACCAGCCCAUGCAGAGGCAUGCUGCUCCAUCACAGCCGCGACCUUUCCAGCAGCCAGGUGCAGCCCCUGCCACCCUAGUGCAGAAUGAUCAGAUGGCUGAACUACGAGAAUUGGUGGGUUCUCUCGCCAGUUCUAGUGCUCAAAAAUUUAACACAAUAGAGCAGUUCAUGGAAAAGGCCUCGGGUAAGUUCCUGGCUCUUGAAGCUGGCCAGAGGAACACACAGACUGUUUUGCGGGAUAUCCAGACCCAGCUGGGGAGUGUGGCUCAAGCAGUGGCACAAAGGGCUCCUAGUGCUCUGCCCGGACAGACCAUCCCUCACCCUCAGAACCCGAAUAAGCACUGCAAUGCCAUCAUAACCAGGAGUGGCAAGAUGACUGUUGAUCCACCUGCUCGGGCACAAGAGAGAGAGGCCCCUGCCUCGGCAUCUCCAGCAGCUGAAGAAGAAGAAGAGAAGGAGGUUGAGGUGCCUGCACCUAAAUCGCAACCAGUAGUGAAGGAGCAUAUCCCUCAGCUCCCCUUCCCUACUCGGUUGCACAAAGACAGGCUAGAUGCAGAGUUCGGGAACUUCAUGGCCAUGCUUAGGAAGCUUAAUAUCCAAGUACCCUUCCUGGAGGCACUUUCUCAAAUGCCUAAGUAUGCAAAGUUCCUGAAGGAUCUCCUCUCAAAGAAGCAGAAGGUGAGCGAGCUGGCCACUGUGGAGCUCAGCGAGGAGUGCUCGGCCAUUCUGCAGAACAAGCUUCCGCAGAAGCAGAAGGACCCAGGUAGUUUUACUAUCCCGUGCUCUAUAGAUAAUUUGCAUGUAGAGAGGUCCUUGGCGGAUUUAGGUGCAAGUAUCAAUGUUAUGCCAUAUAAACUGUUUAAGAAACUAGGCCUAGGUGAACCCCGUGCUACUAGGAUGAACCUUCAAUUAGCUGACCGAUCUGUAGUGCAUCCUAGGGGCAUAGUGGAAUACCUUCUGGUUAAGGUUGGCAAAUUCAAUUAUCCUGUUGAUUUUGUGAUUUUGGACAUAAAUGAGGAUGUGGAUGUGCCAUUGAUACUGGGAAGGCCUUUCCUGGCCACCGCCAAGGCCCUCAUAGAUGUGCAUGAUGGGACCUUAGUUUUGAGGAAUUGUGAGGAGCGAAUAACAUUUUCAAUCACUAAUACUCUCCCUGCUUCUUCGCCUUUGCAUGCUGUAUCUCACCAGGAGCACGAGUCUGUCGUGUAUUCUUCUGUGUUGCCUAUUUUGCAGGAUCCGCCUCCCAUACCUUCGCCGCCACUCCUGUCCACUCCGUCAUCGAAGGAACAAAUCAGGGAGGAGUGGCGGCCGAAACAGCAGGCAACUAAGCCUGCUCGAAAGAAAGCCGGAGACCACUAAGAGUUGGUCCCGCCCCCACCUUGGCCAUCCAAGUAUUCACUCGCUUGCAUCCUGCUGGAUGGCCAAGUUGAGUUGGCAAAUGCUGGUGGCCACAUUCGGCGUGUGCAUGGCCACCAUUUGAAGCUGUACCUCAAGAGCGAGGUGGAUCCGCUCUUGAAGGCACCUGCUCAUUCACCUCACUGAGCAUCCACCGACUGGCGUCCAACUAAAAGACGGUAAAGAAGCGCUUGUGGGGAGGCAACCCCACCGAGGUUUGCAUUUUCUUACAUUUUUCCUUUUAUUGUGUUUUUGAGUCUUGAGAUGUUGUUCCAUAGUCGAACUGUCCAUCUUCCCAUUUGUUUCUCGCUGACUGAGUCUUAAAAGCAUCAGUGGCCAAAGCACGGUCGAGGGCACGGCCGUGCUUUGCCUGACUCCGCCCGUGCCUCGGCCAGGCUUAAUUACACGGCCAGCAGCUGGUGGAAACACGGCCGUGCUUCGCGUUGGACACGGCCGUGCUUUGGUGGAACACGGCCGUGCUUUGGUGCCCGUGUUUGCAACUGAAAUUGCCAAACCGAAUUUGCUCUCGGCAUAAAAAGCACGGCCAGCAGUACACGGCCGUGUAAUGCCUUGGGUCUGCCCGUGUUUUGGCUCCAGCUCACCGAAAUGACUUCCGAAUGCCCCGAAACUCGCGCUUAGCCUUCCCUUUGACACCUGGGACCUGAAACAUGACAAAAUAGCACAACCCGGCGUAAAAUAGGCCAAACGCACACAACUAUGCCCCUCAAACGGAUAAGAACUAGGGGCGCAAACAUGUGCAAUUACAUCGUUAUCAAACAUUCAAAACAGACAUGGCGUAGGUAAGCUGAGCUUGCGCCACUAACUUGAUCAAGGUCUCCCUACCUGCUAUCGAAAGAGUUUUGUCCUUCCAUCCCUUCAAAUUUAGCCUCACCCUCUCCUUCAAACCAUUAAAUAUCUCCUUCUUCGAUCGCCCCACCAUCGUCGGAAGCCCCAGGUAUUUGUCAUGUUUAUCAACCAUUUUCAUCCCGAGGACCCCUCCAAUUGUUAGUUUUUGGUGCGGUUUGACGUUCUCGCUAAAGGAGAUCUCCAACUUGUGGAAAUUGACCAUUUGUCUCGACUCUUUCUCAUAUGCUCGAAGGAUGUUCUUAAGAGUAAUACUCUCCCCUUCAGUUGCUCUGCAAAAGAAAACACUAUCAUCAGCAAAAAAGAGGUGGGUCACGGUUGGGGCCCCCCGCGCUAGCUCCAGCCCUUUUAGCUUUUUCUCCUGCAACCUCUUCUUCAUGCUUCUGAUAAGCCUUCGGCACAUAAAAGAAAGAGAUAGGGCGAUAGCGGAUCCCCCUGCGUGAGCACUCUGCUAGGUGUGAAACUCUCCGACUGGUGACCAUUGAUAAGCACUGAAUACGUCACCGUUCUCACGCACAUCAUUAUAAGCUGGACCCACUCCUAUGCAAAACCUAGCCGAGCCAUCAUGGCCUCCAAGAAAUGCCAUAUCACCCGGUCGUACGUUUUGGCCAUAUCGAUCUUGGCUGCAAAGUAACCUGUUUUCCCGUGCUUGUUCUUUUUCAUUGUGUGAAAACACUCAAAUGCUGCUAUUAUAUUAUCUGUGAUGACCCUUCCUGGCACGAACGCACUCUACUCUUCCGAUAUCACUCCAUCUAACAAUGGUUUUAGACGAUAGCUAGUACCUUGGCUACCAGCUUGUAGAUCACAUUACACAAGCUAAUUGGCCUGAAAUCCUUAUAUGACAAAGGAGACAUCACCUUCGGAAUUAAGGUAAUCAGCGUAUGGUUAAGGUUCGACACCAUUUCUCCUCUCUCCAGAAUGCUAGUCACCAUCACCACCACAUCAUCACCCACCACACUCCAGUUCUUCCAAAAGAACAGCACAGAGAACCCAUCCGCACCAGACGCUUUACGCUGCCCAUCUAUUUUAGCUCACUAACUACUUCCUCCAGACUAAAAGGACAUAAUAACUCCACAUUCUGUUCCGCUGUGAUGACAGGUUGUACCGAAUCCAGGAUCGGUGUCUCCUGUGGGUGCAUCCCCGCUUCAAACAGAUUUCGGUAAUAAUUCAACAUACAUGUUGUGAUCUCUUUGUGGCUUGUAAUUAUCUUCCCAUCUGAGGAAUUUUACAAUGCUAUAUAGUAUUGGUGCUAUAGGUUUUUCCUUUUAUGGUACAACUUGAAGUUGUACCUUUAACGUUAUGGUACAACUUCAGAUUGUACCUAUACUCUUUUGUCAAAUUGUUUUAUGGUACAACUUAAACUUGUACCAUCAAAUACAAGUUUAAGUUAUAAAGUUGUACCAUAACAUAAGAGCACAAAUUCCUUUAUGGUACAACCUGAACUUAUACAUUUAACGUUAUGGUAUAACUUUAAGUUGUACAUUAAAGUACCAAUACUUUAUAGCAUAGUAGAAGUGUUCCUUCCCAUCUUCCUUCAUGACCUGCUGAAUUGUGUUUCGUUUUCUGCGGGCAGUGGCUUUCUUAUGGAAGAAAGUCGAGUUUUUAUCAUCUCCUUGAGCUAGUCCGCUCGUGACCGCUGCUUCCAAUAGUCCUCUUCCCGUUCCUCUAACUCAUCCAAUUCUGUUUCCAGCUGUUUCAUUCGUGCGAGAACUGGUUCCGAUUUGGGACCACGUUCAAGGACCCUCACCGCGGGCCUGAUUUUCUCCCUUUGCUUGGAAAAUUUAGUAUACUCAAUCCGGCUCCAGUCGCUCAGCUUGGCGCGACAAAGAUUCAGCUUGGACAUCAAAUCUCCAUGACCCGCCAGCCCCCAAGCUUCCUCGAUCACCGAUUGCUAUUAGAAGGGUUCGAAUUUAAAGUUCCACCCCCACGUUGGUUCAUCAUCGUCUUCAUCCAUAGUGUCACACACUAGCGGUCGAUGGUCAGACCGACACUUAUCCAGAUGACGGACGUCAGGGGCGGACCUAGGGCAAGGGGAGGGGUGUCGUCCGACACCCCUCCGCUCGAAAAUUUUGUGAAGGACCUCCAUUUUUUCGGUACAAAAUUUUUUAAUUUGGAACUUCCGACACCGCUCUAAUAAUUAUAAGCGACACACUUUCAUUAUAUGACAAUAAUUUUAAUGUUAUAAA